AUGUCGACCAAGUCCAGCCUCGACGGCAGGACUCUUGACGGCGGGUCUCCCGAAAGGAAGACCGAGCACGUCGAAGGCAACGCUGAGCGUACGAAGAUCGAGGAGAUCUACAACCGCAGCGAUGUUGCCCGUGACCUUCCAAUAGAGCAGGCCCUCGAAGGGCACCUCGACCAAGACCCCAAAAGGCUUCGACGGAUACGUCGGCGUCUCGAUGUUCGAUUGACUGCCAUGUUGGCAAUCUUGUACCUUUUCGCCUUCAUUGACAGAGCUAAUCUGGGCAAUGCCAACAUCGCUGGCAUGGGCAAGGAUUUGAAUCUCACAGUCGGCAGCCGGUAUUCUAUCGUCACGAUGAUCUUCUUUGUCGGUUAUGCUGUCGUCGACAUCCCCUCAACGCUGCUCAUGAAAAAGCUCACUGCAUCGCUCAUGAUUCCUUCAGUCUGCCUACUCUUCGGUGUCAUCACCAUCGGCCAAGGCUUCACGCACCACUGGGGUCAGCUCGCUGUGUGCCGCAUUCUACUGGGUUUGUUCGAGGGCUUCUUCCUGCCUGGGACGAUCUUCUUGCUCCAGGUCUGGUAUACACGAUUCGAAUACCAGAAACGCAUGGCUGGCUACUACGUCAUUGGCAUCGGCUCAAGCGGCCUCUCUGGUCUGCUUGCGUACGGUAUCGAGAAAAUGGACGGCACUUCCGGCCUGGCUGGAUGGCGAUGGAUUUUCAUUAUUGAAGGUGUGGCGAGUUGUGCGUUCGCUUUGCUCGCUUAUGCUGUUCUCAUCGAUCUGCCCGAGGAUGCUACUCGCCGAAACCGCCUCGGACUCCCACCAUUUCUUACCAAGGAAGAUGCGGCUGUUCUCAUUGCCCACAUUGAGCGCGACCGCGGUGAUGCGCAGACUGAAAAGUUCGGCUGGAGGGAGAUGUGCCGUCACUUCAAGGACUGGAUGUGCUGGGAGUUUGGACUCUAUGUUCUGCUCAACAAUGUCUCGCUUUACGCCUUCUCUUUCUUUCUUCCACUGAUCCUGAAGAACGGAUUCGGAUACUCAACCGGCAAGGCCAACCUGUUCAUGUUCCCGCCCUACGCCGUAGCCAUGGUCUGGAUGAUGGCUUGCGCCUGGUUCAACGACAGAUUCCAAACUCGAGGCCCGGUCAUGAUGUUCAACUGCUUUCUAUUCGUCAUUGGAAUCGCCGUCAUGGGAUGGACCAAGAACCCAAACACCCGCUACGGCGGCGUCUUCCUUGGUGUCAUGGGCAUCUGCUCUAAUGUCCCGAACCAGUUCGGCUACCAGCACGCGAACAUGGUUGGCCAGGCGAAACGUGCUCUGACUCUGGGUAUGAUGGUCGUUGGAGGUGCCUUUGGUGGCAUCAUCAGCGGCAACAUCUUCCAGCAAAAGGAUGCACCGAAUUACUACCCGGCGCUGUCGAUAUGCAUGGCAUUCCAGUGUAUCACCAUUUGUUUGAUUGCGAAGAACUUCUGGUACUUUACAAAGUGCAACAGGAAGGCUGACCGUGGUGAGCUGGUCAUUCAGGGCCAGCCUGGAUUUAGGUAUACUUUGUGA